ACUUUGAAAUUUGUCCCAACCAGGCUACCGUGGCAUGACGUCACUGUAUCACGUGAUCAUAACACUCGGAUUUCUCCCGCGAAAUCCAGUCCGCGUCCACAGCCUGAAUCUGAGUGUUUUUAUUAUUUAGUUUUAUUCAUUUCUUCAGUUUCUGCUCCGCGAUGUUUUGUGAGAAAGCCAUGGAGUUAAUCAGAGAGCUGCAGCGGAGCAGCGAGGGUCAGCUGCCCGCCUUCAACGAGGACGGACUGCGGCAGGUUCUGCAGGAGAUGGAAGCUCUUUAUGAACAGAACCAGACGGACGUUAACGAGGCGAAGGCUGACGGUCGGGCUGAUCUCAUUCCCUCCAUCAAGCUGCGUCACUGCUGCCUGCUGAGGAACCAGCGCUGCCUCACCGCGUACCUGUACGACCGACUGCUGAGGAUCCGCGCUCUGCGCUGGGAGUACGGCAGCGUCCUGCCUGCCAACGUUCGCUUCCACAUGUGUGCUGAGGAGGUGCAGUGGUUCUCUCACUAUAAGAAGUCUCUGGCCUCCUUCAUGCGCUCUCUGGGUGGGGCCGAGGGUCUGGACAUCACUCAGGACAUGAAGCCCCCGAAGAGUCUUUACAUCCAGGUGAGGUGUUUGAAGGACCACGGAGAGUUGGAGAUCGAUGAUGGGACCGUGAUCCUGCUGAAGAAAAACAGCCAGCACUUCCUGCCGCGGUGGAAAUGUGAGCAGCUGAUUCGUCAGGGCGUCCUGGAGCACGUCAUGUCCUGAUGAGAAACGCUCAAACGUCCCGAGUCCCUGAACACAACACACUGAUGAACUUCACAAUAAACGAUAUUUCUGUAAA